AAAAGCUCCCGAAAUCCCCUCACCUACUCCUCUCCCUCUGCCAGCGCCGCCUUCGCCGGCGGUUGCCUGCCUGCCCUCCCGGUUCCGGCCGCGCCUCGACCACGACGCGCCGCCGUCUCACCGCGAGACAGGAGCAUGGACGUGCACCCGGCGAAUGCGGCGGCCGACUCCCUCGGAGACCUGUUCCCGCACCAGCCCGCCGGUUUGGAGAGUGAUGAGAGCAACAUACAAUGGCUCUCUGGCUACGUAGAGGACUGCUUUUCAAGCUCCACAUCCUACACAAAUCCUGUUUUUGCAAGAUCGGCAAGCCAGGGUGCUGAGAAACCAAAGUUACCGCCACCUUCAUCUUCCAAUGGCAGGAGAAAGAAAAGGAGCCUGGCCUCUGUUAUGACCAACGACGAUGAUCAACAAUACAUCAUCCCAUUGUAUGUUGAGCCACCGCUAAUCCUAAUUGAUCAGAAACAUUGGAUGGCAGAGAGUGAGCUGAUCCUCCCCAAGAAAGACAAAGACCAAGAGGUUUGCCAGCAACAAGGGCAGGAAGAGAAGUGUGAGAAGGGUGUGCGGCGGCUGGUGAAGAGGUGUAGCAAUUGUUUGUCAUGCCAAACACCACGAUGGAGGGAUGGGCCAUCGGGGCCCCAGAUGCUGUGCAAUGCAUGUGGCCUGAGGCUUAAGCCAGAGAAUAGGUUUGCCACCAUUUCUGAGGAGCAUUGUGGCCAAGAAACCAAGAAAGAACAAGAACCAGGAGCACAGCGAGAUAAGAAGAAGAAGACGAUGAAGAAGACAUAUGUGAAUGACGCCCUGACCCUGUCGUCAGAUCAGGCAGAGAAGCGCUGCACCCAUUGCUUGUCCUCCAAGACCCCACAGUGGAGAGCCGGACCUUUGGGACCGAAGACUCUUUGCAAUGCCUGUGGCGUGAGGUACAAGUCCGGCAGGCUGCUGCCCGAGUAUAGGCCUGCCAACAGCCCGACUUUUAUGAGCUGCAUACACUCCAACUCUCACAAGAAGGUAAUGCAGAUGAGGCAGGCUGUUGCCCAGCAGCAGUGAAGCAGCGACGGCCAAGAAGAACAUCUCCAAAAUCUCUCGCCAUUGCAUCACAUUGGAAGCGUUAGGGGCUCUCUUAGAUUGUAGUUUAGUUGAUGCUCAGAAGAUGAGAACAGAGCCUUGGUUAUAGUAGGCAUCCUUGUUAGCUCUAGCAGUGUUCUACCUGAGAGGUUUUAGAUGUCGGAUUCAAUACAAUCUGGUGGUUGCUUGGAUAUUAUCCUGAAUUGUGCUAUGGGUUUUCAGCCCAUUAGAUAUUCAUCAGGGUUUAAAUUGAGCAGCGUCUGAAAUUUGUUUUCUUGAACAGAUCAAUGCCUGGGAGUAGUAAUCGCAAAUAUUUCAUCUCU